AGCUGGGUUUAAGGACGCUUCUUAUCGAAGGGGAGAGAUCCACAGAACAAUGGCGUCGAUGAGCCUUCGCUUCGCCUUCGUUCUCUUCUGGAUCUCCAUCCUCGCGUCCACGGUGCUUUCCGAUCUCGUGAUCUCCAAGAUCGAUCGGCGGAUUGAUUUGACUUCGCAGAUUGUUCGCGUUGUUUCGUCCUUGAAGGUGGAAAACAGAGGCCAUGAUACAGCUUCAGAGGUUUUAUUGGCUUUUCCUGACAUCCAAGCAAAGAAUCUGGCAUACUUACAGUCUUCCCAUCAUGAAGGAAAAGGGAAAGGAAAACAGUCUGCUGUUAGCCUUCCUGUUACCUUGGUCCAACCAGAGGGGAUGCCCUCAGACUUGACUUUCUAUUCAAUAUCUUUACCAAAAGGAUUGGAGAAGGGCAAGAGUUUUACUCUGGAUGUGUUGGCUGUAUUUACUCAUUCUCUGAAGCCAUUUCCUGAGGAAAUUACUCAAGCUGAUGUCCAGCUUGUUGUUUACCAGGACAGUGCUUACUAUAUUUCACCGUAUGAAGUGAGGUUCCAGACACUUGCUGUCAGAUUGCCCAGUGGAAGGGUUGAAUCAUACACAAAAUAUCCAUCUACAAAGCUUGUUGAAUCAGAUAUUAAAUAUGGGCCUUUUGAGAAUCUCCCACCCUUCUCUUACAUACCAAUAACUGUUCAUUUUGAAAGCAGUUAUCCUUUUGCAGUUGUUCAAGAACUUGAAAGGGAGAUAGAAAUUUCCCAUUGGGGUAACAUACAGGUUACUGAGCACUAUAGCCUUGUGCAUGGAGGAGCUCCUCUCAAAGGAGGCUUUUCAAGGAUCGAGUUCCAAUCCAGACCUCCCAUAAGGGGGGAAUCAUCAAUCAGGCAUUUUAUUGCAAUGUUGCCCCCUAGAGCUCAUUCUGUAUACUACAGAGAUGAAAUAGGCAAUAUCUCAACUUCACACUUAUGGAGUGAUUCAAAGAUGACAUAUCUUCAAAUUGAGCCCAGAUAUCCUAUGUUCGGUGGAUGGAGAACAUCUUUUACUAUUGGCUAUGGCUUACCACUGAGGGACUUCUUGUAUGAAGCAGAUGGAAAGCGUUUCCUGAAUAUCACUUUUGGUUGCCCUUUUAAUGAGAUCGUCAUUGAUCAUCUCAUUGUCAAGGUUGUUUUGCCUGAGGGGUCGAAAGAAAUUUCUGCUGCUGUUCCCUUUGUGACAAAGCAAUCACAAGAGGUGAAAUAUUCACACUUGGACAUUGUUGGGAGACCAGUGAUUGUCCUUGAAAAGACUAUUGUUGUCCCGGAGCAUAAUAUACAUUUUCAGGUGUAUUACAAGUUCAACAACCUGGCUCUGCUCAUGGAGCCUUUCUUGCUGAUUUCUGGUUUUUUGUUCCUUUUCAUUGCCUGCAUUGUCUACAUGCACACUGAUGCUUCAAUCUCCAAGUUUUCUGCUUCCUAUCUGGCAAAACAGCAAUUGGAUGAGGUGCGAGCAACAGUCCAACAGGUCCUUAGCAUCAUCAACCGUGUUUUAGCUGUCCAUAAUAAGCUUGAGACCUCAUUAAGAGAUCUUUCUAGGACAGGUGAUGUCCAAUCAUGCAAAGCUGCUCGAAAAGCUGCUGACGGGUCGUUCAAAGAUUUAGCCAAAGAAUUGAAGCCUUUGUUGGGAUAUUUGCAAUCUUCUCCACAGGCUUCGCAGAUAUGGCCUAAGGUAGAGGAGCUGCUUUCCAAGGAGAAAGAGUUGCAAGAAAAGUUAAUGGCAAAGCAUUCCGCCAUUGUUGAUGGCUUCGAGAAAAAAUCUGCCAGGCGAGAAGUAGAGAACCGGGUUGCUUCUAUCGAUCAAAAACUUGCAAUCUUGAGACAAGAGGCCGAUGAACUUCUUGACACCCUCGAUGAUUUCUGAUGGUUAUCUAUAUCGGCGAAAUAGAAAUCUAGGAAUUUUCCAUAACUUGAUGAACUCUAUACUUGAUGCAAAUCUGCUUCUGAAUUUUUCCUAUGAGGUAAUUUUAUUUUGUGAUGAAUGUUUUCAUGACUAUAUGUGACACAAUCCUUUUUCCAAUCAAUUUAGAUCACCAUCGGAACUUAUCAAUUUAGAUUCA